UAAGUAACCGCGCAUUUUAAUAUUUUAAUGCUAGACAUGAUUAAGCGAUCUGAUCAGUAAUCAAUAAUGUAAGAAAUAAGAAUAGUUACCAAACACUAUUACAUGUAUAAUAAUAGAUUGAUUACAGAUUCUAAUCAAUUAAAAUAUGUGAGGAAUAUUCUUCAUUACUUUUUCAUAGAUUACUUAUGAUAAUUUAAGAAGUCAGGAACUACUAUUCUGAUAUGCUCUGGAGUGGUAAAGCGAUGCUUUUAUUCAAGUGAAUAUAAACUUAAAUCUCAUAGGUUAAAAUUUAAAUCAACAUGUUAAGGACGGAGCAUAAUUCAUGACAUGAACUUUAGAAUUCCAAAAAUGAAACUACAUCCAUAUUUUGAAUUCCAUUAAGAUGUGCUCCAACAAACCUACUUUCCGUACGGCGGACUCUCUCUCUCUAAAUCUAAAUCUAACAUCAUUUAAGCAGGAUUCUGAAACCUGCUUUGCACAUGGCGACCGAUAUUUCUAUACACGAAACCUCUUAUGAUGCCCAAUAUCAUGGAGUGGUCUAGACCUGUGUUUGCAUCCCACCCAACUGUUCAACCCCUCUUAUAAACUUAAUUUACCGGUAUAAGUUGGGGUUAUAAAUGGUUCCACAACAUGUAAAGAUAUGUAGAGAUUAUCAACAUACUACCAUACACAAUCUACGGAAUGUACAUGCAUAUGCAUAAAACUGAUGACAUGCUGAAAUGUGAAUUAACAUUUAGCGUCUACACAAAAAUACACACACAUUAACAUUCCUGCGAUAUCAUUUACCCGUCUUCUGUCUUUCGUAACGAACCUUUUACAUAAACAACAUUUUUUAGAGAAUUACUUAUCCAUAAUUGUGUUUUAGGCUCUUUACCGCCAUUCAGGUCUGGUUUGUGUUCUCAACACGGCUGAGGCAAGUAAAGCCAGGUCAUGGUCCUUCUCACUUACCGCCUCUCCAUAGAAACUCACGUGACUUUCAAUAGCUCCAUCAACUACUCAUGUAUUUCUACAGUCAUGCAGAAUCAUUAAUCAGCUGAAUGUAACACGUGAAAUUAAAGAGAGUCGAUGUGCACUACGUUUUCCCAACGGAUGGUCUCUUUCAAUGGACGACAAACAGAGCACAGUUUUUCAGCUUUUCAAAAUAAGUCAUUUAGCACAGAACAUCAAUGGACGUCCUCUACCAGGAAAUUCCAAUACAUUCCUUGAUUACUAUGCAACAUUUUCCGACAAAUUCUUAUACAUUGGUUCCAUGAAACUAGAAGUUGAUCAGAGGUUUUACACAACACCAUUCCUUCACCUUCCUUUCGAUAUCUUGUGCAAAUUACUACACGUGGGAAAAUCUUCAUUUUCCGAAAUAUUCGAUUUCACGAAUAGAGUCAGUACACAUUGUUUUGCACAAGUUUCGAAACAACAGAUAAUGGUGGAUCCAAAUACCAGACAAUCCAUGGAAAUACCUUUAUCUUGGAGAGAUAAAUACGGCAAAAUGUCAACAGGAUCGCCAUUGAUAAUGAAAAGAUUAACAAGACCUGCAACGUGCAUUUUGAAUGUAACACAUAAGAUUCAAGCCUCUGAUAUAGAUAGUCAGGGACAUACAAACUUUCUGUCUUAUAUCAAACUUUGUAUAGAUGUCAGCAAGAGAGUAGCUGUAGACGGAUGUUACCAUAGAUUUUCAACAAGGUCGUUGGAAAACGGACUGAAGGAAUUCCAAAUUAGGUACCAAAACGAGGUUCUGUUAGGUGAAGAGGUCGCAGUUCACGUGUGGGAAGCGGCUGACAGGACUGAUCAGUUGUGUUUUGAGAUUACGAAGGGUCCGGAUGUGUGUAUCCAAGCAACCAUGGCAUUUUUUCAAACAGCCAUUAAUAUGCCUAAAUUCCAUUUACUCGAUUCAAAAAUUUGAUUUACAAGUUUGCAAGAGAACUUCUUAGCCAUCGAUUAUGAAAUAAAUUUUUCGGGAAAACAUUCAGACGCUACUCCAUAACUAAUACAACACUUUGAUUUGAUUGUUUGAUUGAUGUUUUCGCCACACUCAACAAUUUUUCAGUUAUCUGGUGGCGCCCAGUUUUUAUUAGUGGAAGAGAGAACCCAGCUACAAUGUACCUGGGAAGAGACCACCGACCUUCCGGAAGUAUACAAGAACAUUUUUCAGGCAUUCGUAUCUUUAGCUGCAAUGAUGUAGCCCUCUCUGAUUUUUUUUUUUUUUUUUUUUUUUUUAGGGAGAGGGCUACAACUCCUUAGGAUCUCCAUAAUGGUGUAAAUGCGGGAGUAAUUCACUCCCGCAACAUUUGCGCUCAUUCUAAACAUUUCCUGACUUUCUUUACGUAAAUAAAAUGAUAUUCUAUGUUUCUUGGUCAAUAUAUAAAUUUACAACCUGCAACUUAAGAUUUGUGAGGCUCUAUUCUACCGUUUUCAACAAUUUCGAUAAAUUCCAAUUUCUCCAUUCAUAUUUGUGCGCCAUGUUUGAUGUACUGAAGUUUCAACUUCCGAUUGUCAAGUCAUUUGCAUAUGCCAUAUAAGGUAGUAUUUAAAUCAAUGGACAAGUAUGGAGGCGAAAGCUAUUUCGUCGGUAUUGAAAAGGUUUGAAUUUAAUAUCAAGUUAAAAACCGAACACAGAGUGUAAAUUCUUUCUGCAACAAUAUGAUUUUCCUUUCUUUGUCGAAGUGGCUCGAAUAACUACAUUUUCGCGCUGAUUGUCAAUGCUUAGGUUUUUCACGAGAUCUCGCGAUAACAAACAUGGCGGAGCGGACGAAGAAUUCUGCAUGCUGUACAUUAUAUUUACUGAAAAACACCUUUAUUAGACAUGCCCGAGCACAAAGGUGGUACUCCUUUUGGUGUAAACAACAUUUGGGACUAAUACACAGAGUUUAUUAUCGGUUAUUCAUAAAAUUAUUUUGAACCAUUACGGAGAUCCUAUGGAAUUGUAGCCCUAUCCCGAAAACGUCAGAAUAAAAAAAAAUUGGAUAGGGCUUCAUUAUUGCAGCUAUCGUAUCUUUACAUUGACAUGCAAUAGGAUGUUUACUCUCUGACUUCUUCAACUAGAAAUUAUUUCUGAAAGGAUCAAUAACAAGAGACCCAUGGACCUAGAAUCGCUCUUCUGAUACAUUGUAGAACAGGCAAAAAUUCUCACUAACCAAGAUUCAUCAGUUAACAAGGUUUUAAAGACCUAUCACAUGAUAGUGUAUGAAGGGGAUAUCAUACAGUACAUUAUUAGAUUAGGCAAUCAAAAUAAUUACAAAAUGAAGUUACUUAACCUACGUGCAUAUCUGGAUAGUACAUAUUUCUCUUCUACAUGAAUUUUUUCAAAGGACAUAGAGACGGUUGGGGUGCUAAAUACCGAAUUUACUAUGCAUACAAUUAGAACAAGGGGAUUAUCGCAUUGUAUUUUGUCUGAUUUUUAAUGCAAUUACAUUUCAUGCCAUUGUUGGAAAAUUGCUUUUCAACUUUUUCAGCUCUGUUGAAAUAAAAAUCAAAGAGUGAG